CCAGGCUCCUGCUCUGUUGUGAUUUGGCUGAAGAAAGCAAAGUGCAUCCACACAUGAGUAACAUUUAGUUUGGAUUUAUUUUCCUUCUGUUAAUUAUUCUCAUCUUGUCCAAACUCACACAAAACAUCCACGUGACACACUAUUAUAAAGAUGGCGUUUAUUAAAGAGGAAAGCGAAGACAUUAGGAUUUCAGAAGUAUUCAGCAUCAAACAUGAAGAUACUGAGGAACAAACAGAAAUUCAGCUGGAAUAUUCCCAUCAGUUUAUAAGUGAAGACGAGCAUCAAAUCAUCAGGAAAAAAUCUGUAAAGACUGAGUUUAUUAAAGAGGACAGAGAGGAGCUGAGAGAUCCAGAACCCUGCAGAAUCAAACACACUGAAGAUACUGAACAACAAACAGAGUUGAUUGAAGAAAAUGAGGACAAAGAAGAAUUGAGCGAAGUUGAGGGGGAAAAUCACUUAAAAACUGGAGAAAACCCUUUAAGAUGCUGUCAAAGCAAACAGAUAAUUUUAAGGAAAACAAGAGCCAAGAAAUCUUUAACCUGCAUUCAGUGUGGAAAGAGUUUGACAUGCAAAUAUAAGCUUAAUGUUCACAUGAGAGUUCACACUGGAGAGAAACCGUUCAAGUGUUCACACUGUGACAAGAGAUUCAGUCAGUCAACAACUCUGAAAAUACAUGAGAGGAUUCACACUGGAGAGAAACCGUUCAAGUGUUCACACUGUGACAAGAGAUUCAGUCAGUCAACAACUCUGAAAAUCCAUGAGAGGAUCCACACUGGAGAGAAGCCGUACACAUGUGAUCAGUGUGGGAGCAGUUUCACACGAAAAGGACAUUUUACAGAACAUAUGAGAGUUCAUACUGGAGAGAAACCAUACACUUGUGAUCAGUGUGGAAAAAGUUUCACACACUCAUCAAGCCUUAAGAAACACAUGAACAUCCACACUAGAGAGAAACUGCACACAUGUGAUCAAUGCGGGAAAACAUUUUUGAGAGCUUCAGUCCUGAAGAAACACCUGAGAGUUCAUACAAAGGAGAAGCCACAUUCAUGUCAUUUGUGUGAAAAGAGUUUUUCACGUUUACAUUAUUUAAAGGUACAUCAGAAAAUACAUACUGGUGUGAGAGAGUACAUGUGCUUUAAAGUGUGAAAAAACUUUUACUUCAGCAAACUGUUUAAAACUGCAUGAGAGGAUUCACACUGGAGACAAACCAUAUAACUGUGGGAAGCCUUUUCUAUAAUUCAUCUGCUCUACAUAGUCAUACAAAAAAUAAUCACAGUAAGUAGAUCAUCUACAGAUCCAGCACUUACAGAUCUGGGCCCGUAUUCACAAAACAUCUUAAGGCUAAAAGUAGCUCCUAACUCGCCGAUUUAGGAGAAAAUCUUAAAAAUAGUGGGUGUGUCAGUCCUAAAUUUAGGACUCCUAAACUUUUGCUAUUUUACAAAGCGUUUUAGCACUAAAACUAGCUCCUAAAUCUGUGAAAUGUUAGGAGUAGUGAAGAGGACUCCUAAAUCACUAAGACCAACAACUAUCCUAAAAUGUCUGUUGCCAGCAAUCUGCCUCAGAAUAUAAACAUUUUAGAAACAUUUGAUGAUAAUGAGCCUUUAAAAUGGUACCACCUUUAAGGUUUGGAGGUUAUCCCAACUCCAAGUUUUCCUUUGAUUAUAUCCUUUUCAUUAACCAGUUGGGCAAGAAGUAACAGCUGCCCUUGCAUCCAGUUUGGUUUUCUUUUACAUUUGCAUGAACUUACUAUCAGCCAUGAUUAUUCUACUCUGUUAAUUAAAACGCUGUUUAUAUGCAUCUGCCACAAGAAGCAUACAUGAAAGAGACUGACAAUUAGCUGAACAUAUAUUUGUUUAAUUAGUGACACUUAGCCUGCAUGUUAAAAUCUUUAUUUGAAUGUGGCAAUUAACAUUUUUUAAACAUUUAGAUCAUUUGGAUAUGGCAGCGUAAUAUCGUGCUCUACAAUAUUUCUAUGAAUAAAUCUCUGACAGAGACCCCUCCCCUCUCCUAUCAGCGAAUCACUGUGUGCAUAGUUAGUAAGCGUGCUGACGUCAUCCAUAGCAACAAGGUAAACCCCGCCCCCUUACGCUUAAGACUUCUCUCUAUUCCUUAGUAAAAGUUUGUCUCACCAGCUUUGUUAAUAGGUUUUAAGAGAAAACUCUUAGCUAAAAAGUCUUUAGGAGAACUCUUAGUACUAAGAUAAAAUGUUUUGUGAAUAUGGGCCCUGAUUCGCGUCAUCACCAAAUGUGAUGCCAACCAAUAAAAUAUCAUCAGGAUAAAUCUGUCAUUACAAGUGACCUGACGAAGAAACAUUAUCUAAAUUUUCACAGUGAAUAAAGUUCAUCUUCACCUUCAUAACCAGCAGAUUCAACUGAGAUUCAGAUCAACUCAAAGAUGGAGUUCCUCCCCAAAGAACAAUGUCAAAAAAAAAAAUGUAUUCUUGCUUUUCAUUUUAUAUAUCAUUGUGCUUCCUUAUGAGUUUCAUGUUGUUCAAUUGACUUAUAAUGCAUAUGUGUCACUAACACAUAUAUGUGUUUGUUUUUACAAACCGUUCUUGUUCAGGAAGAUGAAGAAGAGACUAACACUUUUAAGAAAGAAUUAAGUUUAUUUUAAAUUUUGUUCUUCACUGUUGUUUCUAAAAUGACUUAGAAUGUUUCUAAAUUAUUCUUCCUCUUAUGAUGUAGUUAGGAAAUUCAGAUGCAAGAUAUACUGUCAUGUAGCUUUGUAAUUGAUCCUUCUUUGCUUCUCUUUUGUUAAUAUUUGGCUGUUUCUACUAAAUUAAAUGGCAGGACAUAUUUGCUGAAAAUAUUGCAAAAAUUUUAUUGAGGUACACCACAUUUAACAUUCACAUUCAAACUGAGAUCCAUGUUUCACUACAUUUAAAAACCUUUACAAUUUGCAGUUAAUUCCAGUCUGGAACAAAAACACAACAGGGAACAAUGUAAUUUCUCUCAUCACUGUCAUAUGAAAACUGCCUGUCAUAAGGUCUAUAGUAUAUCAAAUCAUCCACACAAAUGAGAGUGAAAAUAUUACCCACCGCCUCAAUACAGAAUGCAUGCACAUGCUCAUCAAAACACACUGUAAUUACAUUACUGGCCAAAAGAAAAGCUUGUCCAUCUUUUACAAUAAUACUGAUAACCUUAUUAAAAACGGGCAUUUCAUUUUCAACAGCAGAGCAAACAUACAUUUAACUUGGUAUUCAGUUCCAUAGUUUUUUACCCAGGUUGUAGUGGAGACAGUGGGUACAUUCCAAGUUUCAUUUAAAAGCUCAUUACCCUUCAGUAAGUGCAAGUAGAGAUUUCAUUAAAAGGACCAAACUGAAAUCUUUUAAAAUAAAAACU